AUGGGCCGUCUCGAAGCUAAUCCAGUCCCUCUGUCCUCCGAUCAAACCCCAGUCCAACCACCACCACAAGGCUAUCCAAACCACCAUGACAACCCACUGUCAUCACCACCACCACCACCACCACCACCACCACCACCAUCAGAUGCUUAUGUCACCGAUAAUAUUCAGAAUACGAACAGCCCACUAUCCACUCGUUCUUACGUACCUCAACCUACUGAACAGCCACCGCCACCUCACCAAUCACCGGCAUCCUACCCGCCUCACCUAUCACCGGCAUCCUACCCACCUCAACAAUCCCCGGCAUCCUACCCACCUCCGCCACAACAUGCAGCCUACCCACCGGAAACCUACCAACCCCAGCCACAACCCACGAGCUUCCCACCUCUGCACCAACCAACGAACUACCCGCCUCAGGAACAACAUGCAGCCUACCCACCUCAGGAACAACCUGUUGCCUACCCAUCUCAGCAGCCGUCGGCAGCCUACUCAUCUCAGCAGCCAACCUCAUGUAAUGUUCAGCCGCAGGUGGUCAACUACGGAGGGACGAUUGGAUAUCAGACGCCGGUGCCAAUGGGUACUCCCAAUGGGAUCCCCAUUGGAGCUCAAUAUCUUGCUCCCACUCAGGGAUGGAGUACUGGUCUUUUGGACUGCAUGGAAGAUCCUGAAAAUGCUAUCAUGACGUUGUGUUUCCCAUGCGUAACGUUCGGACAGAUCGCAGAGAUCGUCGACAAUGGCCAAACUUCAUGUGCGACAAGCGGACUCAUCUACGGUUUAAUAGCAGCCUUUAUUGGAAUUCCUUGCAUAAUGUCAUGCUCAUACCGCACCAAGAUCAGGAGCCGCUACGGCCUGAUGGAGACUCCGGCACCCGACUGGGCGAUACACUUCUUUUGCGAGUAUUGUGCUCUUUGUCAAGAAUACCGAGAACUCAAGUCCCACGGCAUGGACCCUGCUAUAGGAUGGCAAGGAAAUAUGUCGAGGAAUCAACAGAUGGCGAAGUAUCAAACGAUGACUCCUCCGAUGAACCAAACAAUGAUGGGUUAAACAAACAUGACUUGAUAUUUGAAGAUUAUUGUUUUUCCCGUAUAUUUGUUAUCAUUAUAUUUCAUUUAAUUUCAACUGAAUUCAACUACACAUCGUAUUUUUUUGAAUUAUGAUCAUGUUUAUUUUUU